AAGAAAAGGAAGGUGACUCAAAUCCAUCAUCGCUCAUGGUAAAGAAUAUGGCGCUAUCUUUCUUGAUGUCCAGAGAGGGAGCACGACUCAAUGAGAACGCAUAAAACGAAAGAGCCCAAGAGAGACAAAGACCGAAAGGGCAAGGAAGAAGACGGAAAGAAGAAGCGCGAAAAUGAAAGGAAAGAGAGACCAGAAACCAGCCAAAUGUCUAUGUAUAGCGAAUUCGUCAAAAGCGAAAGAAGCUGGAAGUAGCAAGCAGUGUAUGACAAUGAAAAGAACUGAAAUUGAUC